AUGGAGCCAGCAUCCGAGGAGGCCGGACCGGCAUCUAAGCCCUCCUCCCCACACUCAGAUAUCCAGCCCGCCCCCGCACUCCGACCUGAAGCCGAGGACGUCCAUUGUAAUUCCACCGCGACAAACACCAACAACCACCAUGGCCCGCCCCAGAGCUCCGCAUCCUCCAUCUCCACAACAUCCCGCCCCGUCUCCGCCGUAGUGCCCCCCUACUGGCGCCGACACGAGCGCAAUACCUCGCACGUCUCGCAGUCAUCGUUGCGUGGCGCUGCUCGCAUCACUCUAGAAGACCAUACUGCGGACCCGAACUCGGAGACGAGUCGUGGGCUCUGGGCGAGUAGCGUUGCUAUUGAUGAUCAUGUUGUUGUGCGCGGUAUGACGGGGGUCGGGUCGUAUGUUGUGUGGAAUUGUACGGUUCAGACGCUUGAUGUGAGUUUUGGAUCUCGAUGA